AUCAUAUUUAAAAACUGAGCUGAAAGUGUACUUGUGUGUGUGCGUGCAGCCCUUCAGCUGUUCCACAGGUUGGAGCAGUUUCUCUGUGGGAAGUGUCUUGAAUCGCGUCUCCACAUAUUAAUAUGCAGCGUGUAUACAUCAUAUGUUCGCAACCGAAAACCCACAUCCCUGGAUCCCCAGUCCUCUGAGUAAAUCCCUCCGCGCCACAGCAACACACCGCCAUCCUCCGGCUCCAGAUGCCAUCGGACAACAUGGACUAAGAUCGGAUCUAUCUUCACCUGUGACAGUAACCUUGUGAUGCAUGGACCACAGAUGUUGGGGGUUCUCGUCCGUCCUGACAACCCCUUUGAGCUAACUCCCUCUGUUGAAACACGAGGACUUCAGUUGACUCAACAAGAAUAAAUCAGCAAAAUGCAUCAUCACAUGGACAAGCAGCUCGAUCAAUAAGAAGCUCCUACGCUGCUACGCCUCCUUCUUCUCGUAACUGUCUCCCCACCAGACGAGCACCAUGCGCCCCUCCCUCGCCACAGCGGUCCUACCGCCCAGGACGCGCACCCACAAUCCACCCAACCUGGCCGUGGGGGCCCGUGAACACCUGUCAGCUCCGCGAAGGCGCAGCCCCCACCUGCGGCACACCCUCAGCCCAGAGAACCUGCGGACCCUGGCCGAGCGGGGCGGGGCUGCCGUCGACACCGUCUCUAUGGUCAGCAGUCCGAUUGGGCUUCCCCGAGCGAACAGUGACACGGACCUCGUGACCUCGCAGAGUCGCUCCUCGCUAACGGCGUCCACUCUGGACUUCACGCUGAACCGCGGUCAGAACCUCGUCAUAUCCUGGGAUAUCAAGGAGGAAGUGGACGCCACCGACUGGAUCGGGCUCUACCACAUAGACGAAACCAGUCCGUCCAACGUGUGGGACUGUAAGAACAGAGGGGUGAAUGGCACCCAGAAAGGUCAGAUCGUGUGGAGGCUGGAGGCCGGGCCCUACUUCAUGGAGCCUGAGACCAAGAUCUGUUUCAAGUACUACCAUGGAGUGAGUGGAGCGCUGCGAGCCACAACCCCCUGCAUCACCGUGAAGAAUCCUGCAGUCCUGGUGGAGGGGCUGGCGGAGCAGGUGGGCGUUGAACAUCCUCGGAAAUUGAUCAGCUUCACUUUGACAGAUUUGCGCGCCACCGGCCUGAAGAAGGGCAUGUUUUUUCACCCCGACCCGUACCUGAAGAUGUCCAUCCACCCGGGGAAGAGGAGCAUCUUCCCCAUCUUCAGUCAUCACGGACAGGAGCGGCGAUCAGCCAUCAUCGCCAACACCAUCAACCCUGUCUGGCACGGAGAGAAAUACACGUUUGUAGCACUGAUGACAGACAUCCUGUACAUCGAGGUGAAGGACAAGUUUGCAAAAAGCCGACCGAUCAUCAAACGCUUCCUCGGCCAGCUCACUAUCCCCGUGCAGCGGCUCAUUGAAAAGAUACCUGGUGUCCAGCCGGUGAGUUUCCCUCUGUGUCGCCGCCUGCCCACUGAACAUGUAAGUGGCCACUUGCAGUUCAAGGUGGAGCUCACCUCAACCGGGCCCGAUGGUGCGUCUCCUGAUUCUAUCAUUGGCAUUUCAUCCUUAAACGGAGCUCCAGGGACUCCGUCUGACGACGAGGACCUGCCACAUCAUCUUCCGGGAGUAGUCUCCGCUGGCCUGUCUCCUACCGGCUCCCAGGGCUCCCAGGGCAUGUGGGAAGGUGGGGCCACGGCCUUCCCAGAAAAGAACCUGCCUCUUGUCGGAGCUGAGGGCAGAUUUUUUGAGCCUGGAAGCCUGUCGGCCCACGAAAUGCUCCAAAGGUCACUCUGUGAGGGCCUGGAUGCUAUUGAGGCCCCCAAGGGUCCUGGCGAAAGACCCCUGGGUGCCGCCUCACCCAAACUGCGCUCCAGCUUCCCCACACACACCAGGCUCAGUGCCAUGUUGCACAUAGAUUCAGACGAGGACGAGGAGAGGUCGGGGGCCAAUGACAUCCCUCCAGUGCCGCUGUCGCCGCUGCUGAUGAAUGGAGAGCCUCCGGAUGUUGACGGUCCAGAUGAAGACGACCCAUUCCCCGAGCUCCAGCUGCAGCCUGAGCUGCCCCAGCCCCCGGAGGAGCCCUCGGGUGCUGGUGCCGUGUCAGAAGAUGUGGCCCCUGAGGUAGAGCUGGAGACAGGUCUGGACUUUGAUGAUGUUUUGGAGGCAGACGUAUUUUCUGAGGUGGAAGAGGCUCCAUUCACAGAGGCUGUGUCCCAUAAUGCUUCGCUAGAGGGUGUAGAAACGCCUGAAGAGGGACGGAUGCCUGGCGAGGAACCCUCAUCCGAGGUCGACACCUGCUCCAUGGCAACGGCCCCGCAGACGGUCGCCUCUUCAUCAGAGAGCUGUCCGAUCACACUGACCACUGCUGUGGAAGCGGAGGAGGGAGCGGAGGCGGCCAUAGAUCCAGGGGGACAUGCAGUUUCCAGCACCCCACCAACCACUCAGACUGUAGACGACGAAGGGGGUGGGCAGGCUGAUGUCACCGAGGCUGAAGGAGCAGCUCCGCCAGCCAGCGAGCAGCAGCAGCAGCAGGAGGCGGAGGAGAGCAGUGUCAGGAGGCCCAGCCUCCAGGCUGCGGGGGGCGUGGCUGAAGAACAGGAAGGGGAGGAGACAAAGCCACAAGCGGAGGCCGGGUCUGUGGACUCAGAGCAUGUUACCACAGAAACAGAAGGAGAGGAAGGUGCCCAUGUCAACGGCCAUCCUGUACGUUCGCUUCCCUCUGUGCGUCCUGACAUCCACCGGUACCAACGUGUGGACGAGCCUCUGCCUCCAAACUGGGAGGCUCGUAUCGACAGCCACGGGAGGAUCUUCUUCGUGGACCAUGUGAACAGGACCACCACGUGGCAGCGUCCCACCGGCCCCCCUGCCCCGCAGGGCCUGACCCGCUCCAACUCCAUUCAGCAGAUGGAGCAACUCAACCGCAGAUACCAGAGCAUCAGGAGGACCAUUACCAACACUGAUCGGACAGAGGAGGCCUCGGUUGACCUGCUGCCUGAACCAGAAGGUGACCUGAUACCCCACUCCAUGUCCGAGUUCCGGCGAGAAAGUGCAGUUGCUCACGGCAGUGGUCGCUCGCGCCUCUCCCUGCUGCUCCAGUCGCCCAGCGCCAAGUUCCUGUGCAGCCCGGACUUCUUCACCGUGCUGCAUUCAAACCCUAGUGCCUACCGUAUGUUUACGAGCAACACCUGCCUGAAGCAUAUGAUCAGUAAGGUGCGCCGGGAUGCUCAUUACUUCGAGCGCUACCAGCACAACCGGGACCUCGUCACCUUCCUCAACAUGUUCUCCAACAAGCAGCUGGAACUUCCCCGGGGUUGGGAGAUGAAGCACGACCACACUGGGAAGCCCUUCUUUGUGGAUCACAACUGUCGCUCCACGACCUUCAUUGAUCCCCGGCUGCCCCUCCAGAGCUCCCGCUCGACCGGGCUGCUGGCCCAUCGCCAGCAUCUGAGCCGCCAGCGCAGCCACAGUGCCGGGGAGGUGGUGGACGACUCUCGCCAGACCAACCCGCCCGCCAUGCCCCGCCCAUCCAGCACCUUCAGCGGCUCCAGUCGGAGCCAGUACCACGAUGUGGUGCCUGUGGCCUACAACGACAAGAUAGUGCUGUUUCUACGGCAACCCAACAUCGUCGAGAUUCUGCAAGAACGGCAACCCGAACUGGCCCGGAACAACUCGCUCAAGGAGAAGGUGCAGUUUAUUCGCAGUGAGGGCGUCAGUGGGCUGGCUCGUCUCUCUAGUGACGCUGACCUCGUCAUGCUGCUGAGUUUAUUUGAGGAGGACGUGAUGUCAUAUGUGCCGCCGUUACUCCACCCAGGUUACUGCCUCUCCUCCCCUCAGAGCUCCCCCGGCACUCAGCGAGCUAAUGCCCGCGCUCCUGCUCCCUACAAGAGGGAUUUUGAAGCUAAACUGAGGAAUUUCUAUCGAAAGCUGGAGACCAAAGGUUAUGGCCAAGGACCAGGGAAAGUCAAGCUGAUCAUACGCAGGGACCACCUUCUGGAAGAUGCCUUUAACCAGAUCAUGUGUUACUCCCGUAAAGACCUGCAGAGGAGUAAACUCUACGUCAGCUUUGUGGGCGAGGACGGACUGGACUACAGCGGGCCCUCCAGAGAGUUUUUCUUCCUGGUGUCCAGAGAGCUGUUCAACCCGUAUUACGGCCUGUUUGAAUAUUCCGCCAAUGACACGUACACGGUGCAGAUCAGCCCCAUGUCGGCCUUUGUAGACAACCACCACGAGUGGUUCCGCUUCAGUGGCCGUAUCCUGGGGCUGGCUCUCGUCCAUCAGUACCUGCUGGAUGCCUUCUUUACCCGACCCUUCUACAAGGGGCUUCUUCGCAUCCCGUGUGACCUGAGCGACCUGGAGUUCCUGGACGAGGAGUUCCACCAGAGCCUUCAGUGGAUGAAGGACAACGACAUCGAAGACAUGCUGGACCUCACCUUCACCGUCAACGAGGAAGUGUUUGGACAGAUCACAGAGAGAGAGCUGAAGCCGGGCGGGGCUGGUAUCCCCGUGUCGGAGAAGAACAAGAAGGAGUACAUUGAGCGGAUGGUCAAGUGGCGUAUAGAGAGAGGAGUGGCCCAGCAGACGGAGAGUCUGGUCCGAGGCUUUUACGAGGUGGUGGAUGUGCGGCUGGUGUCUGUGUUCGAUGCCAGGGAGCUGGAGCUGGUGAUCGCGGGCACUGCAGAGAUCGACCUGGCAGACUGGAGGAACAACACCGAGUACAGAGGAGGUUACCAUGACAACCACAUAGUGAUUCGUUGGUUCUGGGCUGCUGUGGAGAGAUUCAACAACGAGCAGAGGCUCAGGCUGCUGCAGUUUGUGACGGGAACUUCCAGUAUCCCCUACGAGGGUUUCGCCUCUCUACGGGGGAGUAACGGACCUCGCAGAUUCUGUGUGGAGAAGUGGGGGAAAAUCACCUCCUUACCCAGGGCUCACACUUGCUUUAAUCGUCUGGACCUCCCGCCCUACCCGUCCUUCUCCAUGCUCUACGAGAAGCUGGUCACUGCUGUGGAGGAGACGAGCACGUUCGGUUUGGAAUAGCCUCAGGGCAGCUCACACCCAGGUUUCAACUCAAGACGGAGAAAAAACCUCCUGGGAGGACGCGGAAAAUAGAACUAAUAUCCUCAAAUGGCAACUACCCACCCAUGGAUAACUUUCUUUUGGUCACUCAGCACGCAGGACUCAUCCCAAAUCCUCAGCCGCUCUCUCACAUGUCUGACAGAGAUCCAUCACGUGAACACCUUUCUGGAAGAAAGGCAGAGGAUUGAAAAAUGUGAAAAGACAGUUUCUUGUUUUCAUGGUCACCUCUGUUCUUUAAGUCACAUGUGUGCUUUAUAUCUUCAGUUAAUGGCCUUGGUUACUGAGUUCCUCACCUCUCACCUUCUCUUCCUCGUCCUCGUCCUCCUCCUCCAACCUGCACCUCAGAGACAGCGGCUUGAAAACCACAAUGCUCCCUUCUCCCUCCCUGGACCUCGAAACUGUGUCAUUCCUGCACUGGGGCUGCAGUGUUAUGAAUUAUAACGCACGCACACACACCUGCACACACACACACACACACACACACACACACACACACACACUCAUCACCUUUGCAUACAAUACAUUUUGUCUUUAUGGACGUGCAAACCAGUGUUUCCCCAAGAUUUUUCUAUCUGCAUGAAAAGAUAUGACAUUUUGGACUGGAUAUUGAAUGGUCCACCCUGUCUGUCUGGGAGAACACACAUACAUACACACAAAUAGACAAACAAAUAUAAAUCAGUUGACUGACAGAACACAUGUUUUCACAGUUUUGAUUCCUGCAUAAACAUCAGUAACAUAUGGACAGUGUCACUGACCCUUUGUAAUAACGAUGGCAGGUUGUAGUAAGGAAUGUUAUCUUCAAUACUGCAACAUCACAUCUCCUACUGUACAUGAGAGGUGAAGACACAUUGCAGAGAUUCAGCCUUCUUUCUGGAAACACUCCACCAGGACACACACACACACACACACACACACACACACACACUCAUGUCCUGACACACUCCAGUCAGAUAGAAGGGCAGGGUUCCUGUCUUUCGAACUCCUCCACACACAUCUCAUGAGCGACAGAUUCUCAGAUCCUCUCUCACACAGACAGACGACAGCUGCUCAUACGUGUGACACACACACGGUCCUGCUCACUGAUGUAAUCGCCUCCCACCCGGUGAAAGUGAUGAAUGUACCUAGUCAGUGACUGAAUGUAUGAACCCGGGUCAAGAUCUCACACCGGCUGGAGAGGAAACACAAAGUUGGAAGUGGAGGGAAAGGUAACCGAAUGUGACGCAGAUACGUGAGGAAUGCGCUUCCUGAUGUAUGCACCGGAGUAGGCCUUGUUAGCUGAAAGACGCAACCCUGCACCAGGUUCCUGUUCAGGGUGCAGUGGUGGGAUCUUUUUUAGUGCCUGUUGGGUUUUCCUGACCCGUAAAGUGAAAAUUAAUAAGGGAAGCUAUUUAAUGUCCUUGUAAAAAUCUGACCAGAUCCAUCAAAUCAAAGAUGAUCGAACUGUAGGAGCUGCGGGUUAAGUUCCUUUAACAGAUGUCAACACCAGGGGGCAGUGAGGUGUGCUGGGUUGUGCUGAGAAGUAGUGAUGAUGUAGCUGUCAGGAACAAGCACUGACCUUAAGAGCUCUAUGGAUAUUAUACUUUAGAAGUUGUGUCAAGACACAGGACAGCUUUUUCUGUAAAGCCUGUGAUAAAACAUUUCUGUAAGUGCACAACCAUAACCCCAAGGACCCUUUCUCUUUGUUUCUCCCACACCAUCCUACAUGCACACCAAAACAAACACACACACACACACACUCAUUUUUCUAUGGGGUGCAUGCAAGAUUACACCUACUGUACAAAGUUGGAGCUCGACUGCAGGGGCUGGAGUGGUGGUGAGGAGCCCCACGUGUGAUGUGCGACGUGGAGGCAGACUUUUGUAUCCCAGCCCCCUCUCCCAGCCCAAUACUGCAUGCGGGAUCUUCUUGGCCAGCUCUGUGAGCCGAGGCCGGGGCAGAAACCCCUCGAUGGCGUCGUGUUAUAGCUCGAUAUUGCAUGCUGAAAUAGUGCAACACACUGUCCUUACUAGCUUUUUUUGCAUGAGGAUACUGCUACCCAUUCAGAAAAAGGGGUGAGGGGGCUGGUUAAGUGGGGUCACUUUGGUGGUGGCGCUUACUCGAUGCAUGCGGCCUUAUGCUUACCUGCCACUGUCAUACCUGGAGCACGGAGCUCACGGGAACAAGGUGUGGGAAAUCGGUGCUUCAGUCACGUCGUUUUAGCUCUGGGAAUGGACCAUGUGUGACUGCAAUCGUUUGUUUUCUCUAUGACAGUGUAACGGCGAGUAUCUUGGCAGCAUGUUUCCAAAAAAUGUUGUUACUUUCACACGUGCACGUCUGCCUAUCUUAGUAAUGGGUCGAUGGUUCUGUUUCAUUGCUCGUGAGUCAGUGAUGGAUCAAUAGGGCUGUUUUGAUUUUGUGAAAUGUGAGAGCACAUGUUCGUGUACCAUGUGUGCGGUCCCGUUUGUCUCUUUGUAUAUAACUGUAUAUGUAUGUCUGUCCUGUUGUGUGUAUAAAUAUAUAUUUUGCACCGAAUGUACCAAAGGUUUGGGGCUUGCAAAGUCAACCAUUAGGCCUGCUCUCUAUUUCAGUCUCACACACACAUCCUGCUCCCGGCUCCUGCCAAAUCCUUACAGAGCGUCACAACAUGUUUGCUUCAGAGGCAGAUCUCUGGCAUGGGCAACCGCGCUUCACAUUAGGAUACACAUCACUUGGUCAGUUUGGCAUUUUCUAUAAUGACGCUUUUUCUGCUGCAGAACACUGAUCAGACUGGUUGUCUGCUUCCAAACGAAGACAGUCGCGUCUGUCUUCUCUCCGAGUACAUUUCUGACAGGACCCGGCUCCACUUUUCUGAUUUCCACUCUAUGCAAAGCUCCUGUGUGUGUGUCUCCAUUUCACCCCAAUGAUUGUAAUAAAAGAGAACAAAUGGCAAAUUUUGA